UACACCACCAUCAUGAGUCAGAACCUGUGUUUCCUGCUAGUAACUGUGUCCUGGGUCCUAUCCUGCACCAGCGCCCUUUCGCACACCCUCCUCCUGGCCCGUCUCUCUUUCUGUGGAGACAACACUCUCCCCCACUUCUUCUGUGACCUCUCUGCCUUACUGAAGCUGUCCAGCUCAGAUACCACAGUCAAUGAACUGGUUAUCCUCAUUGUAGGAACAGUGGUCAUGAUUCUGCCAUUCAUAUGUAUCCUGGUCUCUUAUGGCCACAUCGGAGCCACCAUCCUUAGAGUCCCCUCCACCAAGGGAAUCUGCAAAGCCUUGUCCGCAUGUGGUUCUCACCUCUCUGUGGUGUCUCUGUACUAUGGAGCAAUUAUUGGACAGUACUUUUUCCCUUCAUAUAAUAAUUCCAAUGAGAAGGAUGUCAUUGUGGCUCUAUUGUACACUCUUGUCACUCCCAUGCUAAAUCCCUUUAUCUACAGUCUGAGGAAUCGGGACAUGAAAGGAGCUCUGGGAAAUAUACUCAGGAGAGGAAAAUUUUCACCAUGA